AUGAAUGGAGUGCUCAAUAACCAAGCCCGCGGCGACUCUGCGUUGCGCCAACAUUCAUCCCAACUGUCAAGGCCAGAAAACGGACAUACGAGAAAAAGACAGCGAAAGAGAAAAGCAUGCGACACUUGUCGACACAGAAAAAUAAAAUGCGAGGUUACCACCAAGUCCAAAUGCUCGUUCUGCAGCAAAGCCAACAUUCCUUGUUCUCUGGUUGAUCAUAGGCGGCAAAGGCAGUUGAAGAAGUACGACACCAUAGCCGAUAUUAUAACCCAGAAUAUGGUCGAUCGCCUGGAGAGAAACAUCCAGCGUAUGGAAGCUCAUUUUCAAAAAAUAGGAUUUGACCUGGGUGAAGAUUUGAACGGGUCGUCCUUUUUCGACGGGCUUCGCCAGUCAGAUGACUCCUCCUCGUCGAGUCCAGCUGAAAAUGCAGAUUUCAUAACAGAUACGGGUAUUUGGGAUUCAGAAGCAAUACGCCUGGACGCUGACCAAAACCUCCCUGCUGCUAUGCAGAAUGUAUAUCACACCAUGGUCGACCCGGUCUCAGCUGAAGUCGACCCAGUAAUACCGAAGGAUCUGCCGUGCUUCUACGUUCCAAGGUGUUUUACGGAUACACCGAAUGCCGGCUUCUCGGCUCUAUCGUCAGAAGGAACGAAAUGGAUAACUCAUAAAAUGGAAGGCGCGUCCGUAGACAAUUUACAAUCCUUCCUUUCACUAGGUCUCUACCAGGGAUCGAAUCGGGACCCACUUGAGGGUUUAUUCCCCGACAAAUCUUUCUCCCCAUUGCCCCCGAAAGAUGAGAUAUUAUCGUUGGUCAAUGACUAUUUGCAGCAGUAUAACUCGCUGUGUCCCAUAUUUCAACCGUCAUCGCUAUUGUCACUUUGUGAGGAAAACAACUUACAGGGCCUGUUGAAUUUCCCCGGUCGUUGGGCAAGCCUCAAUGUUGUUUUAGCGACAGGGUAUAUGCUGCGCAUAAAGAAUACCUCUGUUGUACAGACUGACCGCCAGAAGAGCUGGCUUUUCAUGAAGAACUCCUUUAGGGUUUUGAAUGAGCUCUGCUUUGGGUCGCCAGAUCUAUGGACCGUCCAGGCACUCAUAGGGAUGAUCACCUUUCUGUUGGGGACAUUAAGCAGCCAUCCUUGUGGGUACUUGAUUUCCUCCGUUAUGCGACUCUGUCAUCUUAUUCGACUCGAACGAAGUGAGGAUGGGUCUGGAUUGUGUCCCGAAGAACUAGAACAACGAAGGCGGGUCUUUUGGAUUGCAUACUGUCUUGACAAAGAGAUAUCCCUUCGGGCCGGUAUUCCACUAGCCCAACGCGAUGAUGAUAUGGAUGUCUUAUUACCAAUGGAAGUUCCACUGGAUAACAUAGGAACCAUGUCAACAACAAACCAAGAAGGUACCUUCAACGCGUUCAGAUCCAUGUGUGAACUGGCCUUAAUCAGGAGCGAAAUAUAUAAACACCUCUACUCGGUCGCAGCAGCAGAUCAUUCGCUUGUUGAAGUGGCCGCCGCGGUUGCGAUGUUGAACCAAAAGCUCCAACAGUGGAAGGAUAGUAUUCCUGUCGAGUUCCAACCCGAAUCAAGAAGACUUUCAGCUUUUCCAAAAUCCCCGAUAGCCGUGGCCCUUCUUUUUUUGCAUUUAUCAUACUUCAACUGUCUGAUCGCUAUCCAUCGAGUCACCGCAGUCCAGGGUUCAAAGCUAGGUAGGGAUCUAAUCGAAAGAAACAGUAUCUACAAUCCACCGAAUCCAGUGGUAUUCAUGUCGGAAUCACUGUGCACAAACGCUGCAACGGCGUCGAUUAACUUGCUCAAAUAUAUGCCGCAAUCUAAUAUCGCACUCAUAGGAAUGUUGAUCUACUACCCUAUUAUCGCAUCGAAAACACUCUCCUCGAGCAUCAUUCAGAGUCCACGAGACACCUCGCGUAUAUAUCACAUCCGGCUUAUCAUGCAAGUGGAAACAUUUGUGUCAUCCAUGGUCCUUGAUACACCCAAUGAAGGGAUCGAUGGGCUUUUGAAGGAUUGUACCGAGUAUCGCUCUGUGGCGGAGGCUGCUGUUAGGGAGGCUACACAGAUAUGUGGGGGUUGA